UCUCAGUGGCCCUAUAAACCACAACAAGAGGACUAGUGUUUCUACAAACGGCGAGCAGUUAUUGGGACUUGUGUUGCCAGUGCCCUGAUAAACCCAACAAAGAAGGGUUUAUCCUUCUUUGACGGGCAGUUACCCAGAUAAACUCAACAAAAAAAGAAAGAACGGGCAGUUAAUGCAACUCACACCAGUCGACUAAUACCCAGGUACCUACUUGCUUGGUAGGUAUGCCCAACGUUUCCACCUGGCCGAAGAUUAAACUACAGACACUCGUAAAUGAUGGAUGCUACAGACACAGAAGAAUUUUCUGAUGCUGACAGUGCAGGGGGAGGAGAUGUCCGAAAUCGUUCCCUAAGUAUGUCAGAGAGUCACUGUUCAGAUUUUUCUGAUGCAGAUAAUACAGACUCCCGAGAUGUAAGUGACUCACAGUCUACUCCUCUUGGCAGUGAUCCUCUUGCCCAACUUUUGGCAACUCCAGAACAUGCAGGCAGAGAUAGUACAACACCUGGAAGAGAUACUUGUACACCAGGUCAAGAUAGCACCCCUCCAGGCAAAGAUUGGACACCAGGGAGGGAAACAGAUGUUGAUGUUGAGGAGAGUGGAGAUAUUUUGCUUCCAAAACCAGCCACACCACAACCUGGUUACAAUAAAACUGACCGCAAGAAAGAAGGCAAAAGCAAACGGGAGCAAGAAGAAGAGGAAAGAGAACGAAUGCAGUCAGUAACAAAUUAUAAGUUCUCUGUUAACUAUAUUUCACUUCUGUUUUGAAAGGUUGAGAGAAUGUCUUUAUGUCUUUAAAGUGGUCCUGACAAUAAUGGUUGUAAAAUUGUGAAAAUAUGUAUAAUAGUUUAUUUAGCUAUACAUGUACGUAUUACUGGUUGACCAUGUUUACUAUAUUUCUGAGUGAUUUUUUAAGAUAAUUAUACUUUAAUAUCUUUAAUUUCAAAAAAUAUCAUAAAUUAUAUAAGACCUUAAUAUGUGAUAUGCCCUGUUCAUGUUUGUGAUACGUACAUCCAUUCCUUGGUUUGGAUUUAUAGUGUUUAUGCACAUCAUACUACAUAUAUAUAAUUUUUUUUUUUUUGACGAGUCGGCCGUCUCCCACCGAAGCAGUGACCUAAAAAGAAAGAAAAUUUCCAAAAAGAAAAUACUUUCAUCAUCAUUCAACACAUUCACCUUACUCACACAUAAUCACUGUUUUUGCAGAGGUGCUCAGAAUACAACAGUUUAGAAGCAUAUACGUAUAAAGAUACACAACAUAUCCCUC